AUGGCAGAGGAAUUUGAAGACUUGGACGUCUUCGCCUACGGCCCCUACCUCUCCAAAGACGACGUCUCAGGCCGCACGACCGGCGUGCGAUGUGCCGGCAGCGGCUGCUACGGCGGUGCCGCCACUGACAUCAACGUUCUCGAGAUUCAUUUCAACAACAAUCCCCUUUACCACUGGACCACCUACAAAGACAGAGGCCACCCCUACAAAAUGUACGGCCUCGACGGCAGAACCUACGGGGAGUGCAUCCUCUUUCCCGGCGUCAACUUCCACCAUUUGAGGUUCGCCGAGACUCGGAGCGGCGUCCGCAAGUUUCGCUGUUUGACGCAGUUUACUGCUGCGCAGAUCAGGGCUGCAGAUAGGUAG